CUAGUAUCCAUUGAGUUACCACGCGGGAUAGAUUUACUCUCAAUUUUUCCUUCAAACUAUCUCCCCCUUUAAUUUUAAUUAUUAUUCUUUAUUGUUUUACUAAUUAAUUAUCAUACAAUAACACAUAAUUGUACUACUGUGCUAAAUUUAUAUUAUCAUAUUAGUUUACGAUCAAUAUUUCCACAAGUCCCAAGAACAGAAGCGGUCACAGUCUUCUGUCGAUUUCAAGUGUGUCGCGCGUGUGCAAGCGUUAAGACAAAAAAUAUAUAUAUAUAUUUUCUUUUAUAAUUUUAGUGUGUGGAUAAAUUUGAUUUAUUUACAGAUUUAAUUAAAGUCUAAUUACUACUUAUACAGUAAGAUAACAGCAAACGUCACCAUGGCGUUCGCAGGACUUAAAAAACAAAUCAACAAAGCGAAUCAAUACAUGACGGAGAAAAUGGGCGGGGCUGAAGGAACAAAACUUGACGUAGAUUUUGUUGAUAUGGAAAGAAAAACAGAUGUAACUUGCGAACUUGUAGAAGAAUUACAAAUGAAGACAAAAGAAUUUUUGCAACCAAACCCAACCGCAAGAGCAAAAAUGGCAGCAGUAAAAGGAAUUAGUAAAUUAAGUGGUCAAGCUAAAGCUUCGACUUAUCCACAACCUGAAGGUGUUCUCGGUGAUUGCAUGCUAUUGUAUGGAAAAAAAAUGGGAGAAGAUAGUAUUUUUGCUCAAGCUUUAAUCGAAAUGGGCGAAGCGAUGAAACAAAUGGCUGAUGUUAAAUAUUCACUUGACGAUAACAUAAAACAAAACUUUUUGGAACCUCUGCACCAUCUGCAGACUAAAGAUUUGAAGGAAGUUAUGCAUCAUCGAAAAAAACUUCAAGGCCGUCGGUUAGAUUUUGAUUGUAAGCGACGACGUCAAGCGAAGGGUUCUCACGUUUCAGACGACGAGAUUCGUCAAGCAGAGGAAAAAUUCGCCGAAAGUCUUCAUUUGGCCCAGAUGGGAAUGUUCAAUCUUUUGGAAAACGAUGUUGAACAAGUCGCCCAGUUAGCUACUUUCAGUGAAGGUUUACUUGAAUACCACCAACAGUGCAUUGAAAUACUUAAAGUCUUAACUGAAACACUUUUAGAAAAGAAAGACGAGGCAGCCAAUCGACCGAAAUUGGAAUUUGUUCCCAAGACAUUAGCAGAUCUAAAUGUGGAAGGAUUGUCUCUUGGGGAUGGAAUGAAUGGAGCAAGUCGAGCUGGGUCUCCGGUUCAUGGGGACGGGAAGCGCUCACAGCUCGAGCUAUUUCCGGCCGGAAACCCACCGCAAUCUACCAAUGCAUCUCCAUUACCAUCGCCUAGUAAAUCACCAGCAAGAACGCCAAUGCCCAAACAACCUUGUUGCACGGCACUCUAUGAUUUUGAGCCUGAAAAUCCGGGUGAACUUGGAUUUAAGGAAAAUGACACAAUUACAUUGAUCCAAAGGGUUGAUGAUAAUUGGUUUGAGGGAAGUGUAAAUGGUCGUACAGGAUAUUUCCCUGUGUCAUAUGUUCAGGUUGUUCAGCCAUUGCCAUAAAUAACGCACGAUUACAUCGAUGCCAAAGAUAAAUAAUUUAGUGAAUUACCACCUCCACUAUCAACAAGAAUGUCCAAGAUAAAAAAAAGUAAUGAGUUGAUAAAUGAAACGAUAACUACUCUUUAAUAGCCUAAACAGUAUACUGAUUCGCAUAAUGAUUUCAAGCUUCCUUCUUUUCAUGAAAGCUUUCAAAUGAAAAUUUUAUGAAAUUAUAUACCAACACAAGUUACUAUAUAUAUCUUUUGCAGAUAAUCGUUCUCUCCAUACUUACGUUAAUGUACAUAAAUAUAUAUACCUAUAUAUAUAUAUAUAUAUAAAUAUAAAAUGUUAUCGUGUCUUUUAUUGAGGUGAAUAAUAAUUUUUUCGAUUAUCACGCGAAAAAUAAACAUUUAAUUCAAUGCAUAAGACAUAAUAAUGAUGAUAAUGAUAAUAAUAUAAAUGAUAAUAAGCAUGAAUUAUAAAAUUAAAAUUUCAGAUUCAUAAAUUUCCUGUUUAAAAAAUCCUGUUGAUUCUGAUUACUACAACUUCGUGUGUUGAUCUUUCUCUUUCUUUCUUUCACUUAUGUCUGUAUUUAUCUCUAAGAUAAAUAUUUUGAUGGAUUUCAAAAAUACUGACUAUAUUAAAUAUUUAUUAAAAAAUUCCAUUACCCGUAAAAGAAAAUUGUUAAAAAAAAAUGGUGAUUAUUAUAAACUUCAAAACGCGACACCAUGAUAGACUUUUUUUUGACGUUUUUUAAAUUUUGGAAAACUCAAAGGAAAAUCAAUCGUUGAUUUAAUACACCCCAGAUAGCAUUCAAGUCGAAAUGACGUCUUUUUGAAGGCGUCCUCAAGAAGUCAUUAUUUCUUACAGGUGCCAUUUUUAAAAACUCUUAAUUAAGAGUUCUUGAAAACUCCAUAAACAAGAUGUCAAUUUUACGACGUCUAAAUGUAUUCUUUUUUUAACUUCUUUAUGAAGUCAAAAUUAGGAGCUCCUUAAGACGUCAUGGGAAAUUCAUACUGAAGUCUUAUUUGCGAAUUCAGAAAAACGAACUCUUUAGGAAGUCUUUUUAAAGACGUCUUACUGAGUUCGCUAAGUGGCUCAUUCGACAUCUUGAGAACUUCUUAAAGACUUCUUUAAAAUGUUGAUAAGACGUUUAAAUCAUAAACAGGAACUCAUACAGAACUCAUCAAGACGUCAUUUUGCUAUCUGCGCCUCCGUUAAAAAAACAAACUCUAUAUUUACUCCAUAUGUGACUGAUUUUUUCUCAAACUCCGGAAUUCUGAGUGACAGAGUUAAUUCGUAAUCACUUUGAAUUCACUCCCGAAACUUUCCCAUAAAAUCCGAUUCAGGUUUAAAAAAAUUUCCUCAUUGUGUCAUAUUUUGAAGUUUUUAGCCAACAUUUUUUCAACGAUUUUUUUACCGGGUACUUGUAAUUAUUAUUAUCACUAAUAAUAAUAAUGAUAAUAACAAAAAAAAAGACAGGCUUGAAUAAGUAAAAUAAUACGUAAUAAUUAACGAAUAUUUUAUAUAAAUAUUUAAACAAUUAUGAAUCGAAAAAUGAAUUUUGUUUAAAUUUUAGCUCAAAUUUUUUGCAAUAAAAAUUUAAGUAAAGUAAUAAUAUGUAAAUUAGUAUUUUAAAUAAGUUUAUAAAAUAUUUAUUGAAUUUUGUCUAAUUAAAUUUAAAUUAUUUCGUCAGUAUUUAAUAUUCACCAUCAGUUUUAAUUGGAUCUUUUAAUCAGGGUUUUAAAUUUUUAGUUAAUGAGUUUGAACGAUUUAUGAUUACAAUUUUAAGUAGUAAAUUUGCGUAUUUUUAAGUUGCAGUGGGUUUUGUAAAUUAUUUAAUUGAUAGAGUAAAUUAUUGUAAUUGUAGUUUGUAUGUAGUAGUAAUUUAGUGCGCAUCAGUGAGUGAACGAUACUAGUAAAUUUAAAAAAUUAUUACGAUUGAAUUUACAUAACAAUAAAUUUGUUUUUACCCAGUUCUUAUAUUUGUUUAGAAUCAUUUAUUGUUAAAAUUUCAAAUUGCCAAAAAAAAUAAAUUGUUGAAUUUUUUAUUUACUAGUAAAAUUUUUUGAUAAUUUAUUUGAUAUUAAACUUUAUAUACUCAAGUAAUUAUUUACAAUAACGUACAUUACUUAUUAUGUUGUUAUUUUUUAGACUUAGAUCUGUUAUUAUUAUAUUUGCUU